ACCGUUUCAAAGGAAAAAAAAAAAAAAAAACAGCCCGCCCCGGAAGUUAUCUCCGCCCUCAGUAAAGAUGGCUGUAGCAGUUAUCGCGAGGGAGGCGGGGCUGCGCCUGCGCGACAAGUUCGGAGGGGAAGAUGGCGGAUGACAAGGAUUCUCUGCCUAAGCUUAAGGACCUGGCAUUUCUCAAGAACCAGUUGGAGCACCUACAGCGACGUGUGGAAGGCGAAGUCAGCAGUGGUGUUGGCCAGGAUGGCUCCUUGCUGUCUUCCCCAUUCCUUAAAGGCUUCCUGGCCGGCUAUGUGGUAGCCAAACUGAGGGCCUCGGCAGUGUUGGGCUUUGUUGUGGGCACCUGCACUGGCAUCUAUGCAGCUCAGUCAUAUAACGUGCCCAACGUGGAGAAGACAUUGAGGGACUACCUGCGAUCAGUGCGCAAAGGACCUGACUAG